AUGAAAGAAGGGAGUGAUUUAUUCAACACAAGCGAAGCACACAGCAUUUUUAACUUUAGUCUUAACCAAGCCAAGACGAUUCUUGAAGAACACGUUGUUCAAGGCCGUUUUUUUGGCCGAUCAGUCGAAAUAACAUUUGUAUCCUGCUAUACCCUGUUAAUAACGGCGGGAAUCUGUCUUAACCUCUUAAUAUCAUACGUGAUUAUAUCUAAUAAAGCUGUCUGUGCUAGCCAGAAUAUGCUGGUAGUCAACUUGAACAUUUCAGAUCUUGCUUUGUGCCUAUUUUGCAUGCCUUUUACCUUGGUAGAGCUGAUAUUUCGAGACUGGCCACUAGGGGACGUGUUGUGCAGGAUAAUACCAUUUAGUCAAGCGUCAACAAUCUUUGUGUCGGCGGGUACCAUUUCAGUCAUUGCUAUCGAUCGACAUCAGGCUAUUAUUAAUUUGAUACCCAUCAGGAGACAGUUUAGAAAGCGGCGAUUUAUUGGGUAUACCUUCGCCAUUUGGAUGGUGUCGGUUUUACUUUCUCUACCAAUCUGCUUUACCAAAAGAGUUGAAGACGUUGGUUUCUUAAGUUAUGUUAUUUAUAAAAAAUGUAUCGAAGUGUGGCCUUCAAACUCCAGUAAAUUAGUGUACCUGAUAGUUACCUUUGUUGCUCAACUGGUCAUUCCCACAACUGUGCUGGUAGUCACUCACUUCCGUGUCAAAGCUCACCUGAGCACUGUUAACCCACGAAAGUCGGGGCACGAAAAUGACCAACAUUCGGAAAGGACUCAGAGAGAAGUGAGGAGGAAUCUUCGAGCAAACAAGGUACUACAGAAUGUUUGCCUCGUCUUCACGAUCAGCUGGUUGCCCUGGAAUCUUAUAAACUUACUAGCAGAUGUUUAUCCGAACGUAAUGACGCCAAAAGACCUCUACAUGACCUUCGCUAUCUGCCACAUUAUUGCUAUGACCUCCGCCACCUCGAACCCCAUUCUCUACGGUUGGCUGAACACCAAUAUUAGGCGAGAGUUGGUUCGUUUAGUUCAAAGAUUCAGUUGUUCUUCGAUAGCCAACAAUGUUAAUCGCCAAAAUGUUUCCCAGCACUCUAACAAUGUGCUAGAAUAA